CAAAAGUACCAUGGCUAGAUAUGUUAACAGUGCCGGCCGCCUACCUGCCGUACUCGAGCAGUCAGUUGUAAUUUUCCCAAAAUAAAUUCACACCCCCAAGUCUCGUACUCUCGUUUUGUCCCUACUGUGACCCCCAAUAAACUCGACGGAGCAACUCUGGCCUCCUCUCGUUGCUUUGGCUCUCGUCUCUGAUGGAAGACGACGAUGAGUUCGGAGAUCUCUACACAGACGUUCUCCUCCCUUUCUCUUCAUCCAAAUCUUCUCAGCCUCCAGUCUUCUCCUUGGCAAAUCCUUCAUCCGAUUCUAACAUCCAUAGCAACGGCGAAGAAAUUCUCUAUGGAGCGCCCAGUCCUAUUACCUCUGUCCAUUCUCAAACCUUAACUUUUAACCCUAAGAAGGAAAAUAUAGCCCGGAUUCCUGCGGGGAGCGACGAUCCCGCUUCGAAUUGGAACGAUAGUAAUAGGGGGGUUGAACUGGAUGAGAGGGAAGAAGAAGAAGAAAAGAAUAAAAAAGUAUCUAGGACUAAUGAUGAUCGAUUAUCGAAUUCUCCAAAAGCAGGUGUCUCAAGAAAUUUGGAGAACGGAGCCAUGGAACCACAACAAGCAGAAGAUCUUAGAGUUUAUGAAACUUCAGAAGCUUUUGAGAAAUCUGGGAUUGGUGUUGCUCAAGAUGAAGAGAGAGGUGAUAUAGAUAAGGCCUUGAUGGAGGAUGGUGGGGUGUUCCAAGAGGAAGAGGCGGGGGGCAAGGUGGAUAUUGAUGUUGACAUCAAUGGUAUGGACACGGAGCCGAUGAUCCCUGGAAUCUCCGGUGGUUCUUUUAUUCCUGGUUUUUAUGAUGACUCAGGAAAUGUGGGAAGUACGAAAACUGCUGCUAGAAUGGAGGAUAGUGGUGGCAUUGGUGACGAUUGGGACAGCGAUAGCGAGGACGAUCUGCAGAUUGUACUGAAUGAUAACACAGGGCCUCUUCGCAUGGAUAGGAUUGACGGAUUGGGAAGUGAUGAGGAUGGAGACGGGGAAGAUUUGGUUAUUGUUGCUGAUGGUGAUCAGCAUCAUCCGCCCAUGGAAGAGCAGGAAUGGGGCGAUGAUUCUGCACAGGCUCCGGAUGGAGAGAGGAAGGAAAGCGGCGAUACAGUUAAAGUUAAUGGAGGAAUGGUUAAUGCUUUGGGAGCUAGAAUUGGGUAUAGCAAUACUGGGUACCAUCCACAUCAUUCUCAGUUUAAGUAUGUAAGACCUGGUGCUGCAGUCAUGCCUGGAGGAUCUGUCGCUGGUCCUGGAGGGGCCUUGGGUCAAAUUCGUCCACCUGCCAACAUGGGUCCUUUUGCUGGUCGUGGUAGAGGUGAUUGGAGACCCAGUGGAUUUAAGGCAGCUCCUAUCAUGCAAAAAAGUUUUCACUCUGGAUUUGGACCUGCUUGGGCCAACAAUUCAAUCGGACGUGGUUAUGGUGCCGGAUUGGAGUUCAUACUUCCUUCUCACAAGACAGUAUUUGAUAUUGACAUAGAUAGUUUUGAGGAAAAACCAUGGAAACAACCUGGUGUUGAUACAGCUGACUUUUUCAACUUUGGAUUGGAUGAGGAGAAAUGGAAGGGCUAUUGCAGACGGUUGGAACAAUUCCGCCUGGAAGCAGCCAUGCAAAGCAAAAUCCGUGUCUAUGAAAGUGGGAGAUCGGAGCAGGACUACGACCCUGACCUGCCGCCAGAACUUGCAGCUGCAGCAGGGAUUCAUGAUGCUUCAGCUGAAGGUGCACAUCCGGGAAAGACAGAAGGUGGACGAAGUGAUAUAAUAGGCCAAAGAAGAGGAGCAGCACAUGUGCGCCCACCAAUUCCAACUGGAAGGGCAAUACAAGUAGAAGGUGGUUAUGGUGAGCGUCUUCCUUCAGUAGAUACUAGGCCACCACGAAUCCGUGAUUCUGACGCAGUUAUUGAGAUUGUCUUACAGGAUUCCAAUGAUGAUGAUGAUCUCGUAACUGAUAAUAGCACCCUAGAGCUACCGGAAAAUGAUUCCCACAGACAGCAUCACCAUGGAGGGGCUCAUGAAGUUGAAGAUAUGGGCCAGACUGAGAGAGAACAUUUUGAUGAACGUUUUCCACUAACUUCUAACGACAAUAGGAGUGAGAUUGUGGGUAGAAGAACACCAUUUAUGCCUCCUGUUCACAACAACAAACCUGAAGGAGAUGGAAUCUUACCCUUCCCUCAAGAAGCCUCCAUUCAAAACCAUCCUGAUUCUAAAGGGCAUUCUCUCAUAUGCCCUGGUGGGAUGUAUGGUACGCCUCAUGAAGAGAGGUGGCCACCAGAUGCAGCUCAUGAUAGAUACCACCCUGGAACUGCUGAGCAUGGGCAUGACUUGGUUCCGAGUCCAAGGGAACGAGUGAGCAGAUUUGGUGAUAGUCAGAAGGAGAAAUCAGGGGAAAUUAUCGAUCACAAGCAGAUUCCAGAGUCUUCCCCUAUCACAGAAGUGGAUGCUAAGGAGCCAGUUGUGGGACAUAAAGAUGACAUGCAUGAUGAUCUUGUGAUAGGCGAUAGAAGCACUGAACCAGAAGGGGAGGACAUGGCUGCCAAUUCAGUAAUCUCAAGUGAUACCGCCAGAGAUGGAGACCUGCUAAUUUCUGUUAAGAAGCAAAAAUUAAGUUCCCGUGUUGAACAGACUGCAGUUCAAGAUAUUGGUGAUUCAGAUGACUUGAGGGUAACACAUAGUAGUGAUAACAGUAAAGCAAGAUCAGGAAGCAGCAGAGAUUACCAGAAGCAACGUGAGAGUGGUGAGGAAGAGGUCGUUCAAGAGGGCUGGUCUAGGCACAUGGGAGAUGUGAAAAGGCACCGUGAUGAUGAACAUAGUUUCCGAAGGAGAAAUGAUUGUGGCCGUGAUGGCAGACAUGAGAAGGACCAAAACGGCAUGGCCGCAAAAGGGAGGGAAGAUCCAUAUAACUCUUAUCCUCAUAGAGACUGGGAUCUUAGGUCAGCACAUUAUUCACGUAUGAAGUCUGAGGGUGUUGGGAGGCUAAAGGAGUGGGAUAAUUCUGCUGUGGUUUGUCAAAGACAAGAUGAGGAGACACAUGGGAGAUGGGGGAAAGAUGAAGAGACAGGGAAGCAUGAGCGUGUUGAGGAAAUAGGAUCUAGACACAGAAGUAAGAUACGGGAGAGUGAGAGGAAUGACAAACAUGAGCAUCUUCAAUCCAGAAAGCGAUUGGACAAUGGUGAUUGGAAAGGUCGUCCUGAUAUAGAGGUGGGACCAAGACACAGGGAAAGAGAUGAUAAUUUGACAAGUCGGCAUGAGAAUCUGGAUGUUCCUCAUUCCAAGAGGAGGAAGGAUGAAGAGCAUCAGAGGAGAGAACAUGCUGAGAAGGAAGCCUUGCAUGACUACAGAGCUAGGGAAGAGAUCAGCCGAAGAAAGCGGGAAAGUGAUGAUGUUCUGGACCGAAGGAGGAGGGAUGAUCAAACAGGAGGACGAGAUCGACCUGAUGAUCACCAUUCUUCUAGGCACAGAGAUGAGAGCUGGCGACAGAGGGAGAGAGAUGAUCGGCAGAGGCUCAAGCAAUCCCAUGAAGAUUCCAUAACAAAACGGGAUAGCGAAGAAGCAAGGGGAUCAUCGAGGAGUCGCAGAAGUCUAGAAGACAAACUUUGGACUGUGAAUCUGAGGGCUAAGGAUGAGUAUAAAGGUCUGGGAUCUGAUAAGGACCACCAAUUGAAAGAUAAAAGGCGAGACAUUGAGCAAACUAAGAAAAGAAACAGAAUAGAGGAUGAAACUCCUUCACAGCAAAUGGGACAUGAAGAUUUCCAUGGACGUGACAGUCGAAGCAAUAUGGAGGAGAGAAGCUCAAGGCAUGCAAGGUCAAGCAGCCAUAAUGAUCACCCAGUAAAUGCUUCUGAUAGACAUUGGAUGCACAAGGAAAGUCAUAAAGAGAACAUGAAGAAAAGUAAAAUAUCUGAAGUAGGUGAUCAGGACAUUCUGGGACUUGCCAGGCGGAAACAAGGAAAUAACACUUCUCACCGGAAUGAUAAGGUGAGCAUGAGAGGAAGUGAGCAAGAAAGUGGUAAUCUGCCGACAUUAGGGCCAUCUGACUCUAAUGAUCCUGCACAGUCUAGGUCCUCCAGUGUGUUUUCCAAAAAGAGUCGUCUUCAAAAUGAAAUUCCACAAUGUCACUCUUCAAGAAAACAUAGAGAAGAUGCUCCCUCAGGGGAUGAUGAGCAACAAACCUUGAGGAAAGGUCGGUCCAAAUUGGAGCGCUGGACAAGCCAGAAAGAAAGGGAUGAUAAUACCAGUUCUCAGACAGCUUUGUUAAAGCCUAUAGAGGCUAACAUGAAUGACCCAUCUUCCUUUGCCAGCGAACAGCCAGAUGAAUCAACCAAGACAGCUGAGACUGUCAAUAACCGACCUUCCCUUGGGGAUGACAGAAAUACUGGUGGUUUGGAGCUAAAGGAUUCUGAUAUUGGUCCUACAUAUGGCAAGCAAUCUGAUGUGGAAAAAAUUAGAGGUGAUCACCAUCUUGACACAGUAGAAAAACUGAAAAAGCGGAGUGAGCGAUUCAAACUUCCGAUGCCUGGUGAAAAGGAUGGCAUUUCAAACAAGAAGAAUGAAAGUGAACAGUUGCCUGCAACCCAGACUGAGACUGCUGGAAAUACAGAAGUCAAACCAGAGCGACCAGCUCGGAAACGCAGGUGGAUUAGUAACUAAGAGGAGGUCAAUGGUAUUUUCUGAUUCUAAAUUUUGCAGAUCUCUGUUGGGUGGAUUCUUCGACUUGGAAACUUAAAAGUUCUUUUCUCUGUGCAAAUUUAAGAACACCCUCUAAGCAUUCCAACAGUUAUCAUGGUGGCAGCCUUUGUACCAUUAGAGUUCAUUCAUCUAAGUAUUAGUUUAUUUUUUUCUUCGCAACUGCCAUUAUGUAUGCUUCAUCAUAGUGUAUGCAUGCUGAUAACUUUGUAACAUUGUUCUGGUCCUUGAUGGUGGCCAUGGAACCCUUUUUCAACAUUGAAUACUGUUGUUUUGUAAACCA